CGGGUUCGGGAGCUUCCAGCGCAGACCUUGCCCAGCGCCCAUAGCUCGCGCGGAGCCGCCGGGUUCCAGCGUUGCAGCCGCUACUCGGGAACUGUGCAUUGUUGUGAGCCGGAGAAGGCGCGGGGAUUACAAAGCCCAAAGACCCCGGGCUCCCCUUUAGCCAUGUGGAUACCUACGGAGCACGAGAAAUACGGCGUGGUUAUUGCCAGUUUUCGAGGAACUGUACCCUAUGGCCUGUCAUUGGAAAUUGGAGAUACAGUUCAGAUCCUGGAGAAGUGUGAUGGGUGGUACAGAGGAUUUGCCUUAAAGAACCCAAAUGUCAAGGGUAUCUUUCCUUCCAGCUACGUUCACUUGAAAAAUGCCUGUGUGAAGAACAAAGGACAAUUUGAAAUGGUUAUUCCCACUGAAGACUCCGUUAUAACAGAAAUGACAUCAACAUUAAGAGACUGGGGAACCAUGUGGAAACAGCUCUAUGUGAGAAAUGAAGGCGAUCUCUUCCAUCGGCUGUGGCACAUCAUGAAUGAAAUCCUGGAUCUGCGCCGGCAGGUGCUGGUGGGCCAUCUGACCCAUGACCGGAUGAAGGAUGUGAAGCGUCACAUUACUGCCCGCCUGGACUGGGGCAAUGAACAACUGGGACUGGACCUGGUGCCUAGGAAAGAGUAUGCAAUGGUGGAUCCAGAGGACAUCAGCAUUACUGAGCUCUACCGACUGAUGGAGCACCGACAUCGGAAGAAAGACACCCCAGUGCAGGCCAGCAAUCACCACCUCUUUGUGCAGAUGAAGAGCCUCAUGUGUUCCAACCUGGGGGAGGAGCUCGAGGUCAUCUUCUCACUCUUCGACAGUAAAGAGAAUCGACCAAUCAGUGAGAGAUUUUUCCUGAGGCUGAAUAGAAAUGGACUUCCCAAAGCCCCAGAUAAACCAGAACGACAUUGCUCUCUCUUCGUGGAUUUAGGUAGCAGUGAGCUAAGAAGGGACGUCUAUAUCACUGUGCACAUUAUCCGAAUUGGUCGAAUGGGAGCAGGAGAGAAAAAGAAUGCCUGUAGCGCCCAGUACCGGCGACCUUUUGGCUGUGCAGUUCUUAGCAUUGCCGACCUUCUGACCGGAGAGACAAAAGAUGACCUCAUCCUGAAGGUGUACAUGUGUAACACAGAGAGUGAGUGGUACCAAAUCCAUGAGAACAUCAUCAAGAAACUGAAUGCACGUUACAAUUUGACGGGCUCCAACGCAGGUUUAGCAGUUUCCCUACAGCUAUUACAUGGAGACAUUGAACAAAUCAGAAGAGAAUACUCAUCAGUAUUUUCUCACGGAGUGUCUAUAACGAGGAAGUUGGGUUUUUCUAAUAUCAUCAUGCCUGGUGAAAUGAGAAAUGAUUUAUACAUCACUAUAGAAAGGGGCGAAUUUGAGAAAGGAGGGAAGAGCGUGGCCAGAAAUGUGGAAGUAACCAUGUUCAUUGUGGAGAGUAGUGGCCAGAUCUUAAAGGAUUUUAUCUCCUUUGGCUCUGGAGAGCCGCCAGCUAGUGAGUACCACUCCUUCGUGCUUUAUCAUAACAACAGUCCCAGGUGGUCCGAACUGCUCAAACUUCCCAUUCCUGUGGAUAAAUUCAGGGGCGCGCACAUCCGCUUUGAAUUUCGGCAUUGUUCCACAAAGGAGAAAGGAGAGAAGAAAUUGUUUGGUUUCUCCUUCGUCCCCCUGAUGCAGGAAGAUGGUAGGACUCUUCCAGAUGGCACUCAUGAGCUCAUCGUGCAUAAGUGUGAAGAAAACACAAAUCUUCAGGAUACUACCCGCUACCUCAAACUUCCCUUUUCCAAGGGCAUCCUUCUUGGAAAUAAUCAUCAAGCCAUUAAGGCCACAAAGGAGUCUUUUUGGAUAACAUCUUUUCUCUGUUCCACAAAACUCACACAAAAUGGUGAUAUGCUUGAUCUCUUGAAAUGGAGAACCCACCCAGACAAGAUCACAGGCUGUCUCUCUAAAAUAAAAGAAAUCGAUGGCUCAGAGAUAGUAAAGUUUCUGCAAGAUACACUGGAUACCUUAUUUGGAAUUUUAGAUGAAAAUUCCCAAAAAUAUGGGUCUAAAGUAUUUGAUUCUUUGGUUCACAUAAUAAAUUUGCUGCAAGAUAGCAAAUUCCAUCAUUUUAAACCUGUAAUGGACACUUACAUUGAGAGUCACUUUGCUGGGGCACUUGCAUACAGAGAUCUCAUCAAAGUUCUCAAGUGGUACGUGGACCGGAUAACGGAAGCAGAACGGCAAGAGCACAUCCAGGAGGUGUUGAAGGCACAAGAGUAUAUUUUUAAGUACAUAGUGCAAUCUCGAAGGCUCUUUUCCCUCGCCACCGGUGGACAAAACGAAGAGGAAUUUCGCUGCUGCAUUCAGGAGCUCCUUAUGUCAGUCCGUUUCUUCCUUUCUCAAGAAAGCAAAGGGUCGGGAGCCUUAUCUCAAUCACAGGCUGUGUUUCUGAGCUCCUUCCCAGCUGUGUACUCCGAGCUGCUGAAGCUCUUUGAUGUGAGGGAAGUGGCCAACUUGGUACAGGACACCCUCGGCAGUCUGCCGACUAUCGUGCAUGUGGAUGACUCCCUGCAGGCCGUGAAGCUACAGUGCAUCGGCAAAACCGUGGAGAGCCAGCUAUAUACCAAUCCAGAUUCCAGGUACAUUCUCUUGCCCGUCGUGUUACAUCACCUCCACAUGCACCUGCAAGAGCAGAAGGACCUGAUCAUGUGCGCACGUAUCCUUAGCAACGUAUUUUGUCUCAUCAAGAAAAAUAGCUCAGAGAAAUCGGUGUUGGAGGAAAUAGAUGUGAUAGUGGCCAGCCUGUUGGACAUCCUGCUGAGAACUAUAUUGGAGAUCACCAGUCGACCUCAGCCAUCCGGCUCCGCCAUGAGGCUCCAGUUCCAGGAUGUCACUGGGGAGUUUGUUGCUUGUCUCCUGUCCUUAUUACGACAAAUGACAGAUAGACAUUAUCAACAACUUCUUGAUAGUUUCAAUACAAAGGAAGAAUUAAGGGUAAGUGACUUUUUAAAAAAUUUCCUAUGUCUUU